UAACUCCGGUGCACUGAGCACAUUGAGCUCUUGCUCCAGACGAGCGCAGGCAGUGGCAGGCAGUGGUAGGCAGCGGCUCCUACUAGUUGGCAGCUCUGAGUUGAAGAAGGCAGCGCAGGCUCUUCCAGCAAGCAGAUGAUGGCAAAGGUAGCCCUCCUAUGUGUCUAUGCAGCAGCCUGCAGUGGGGUUCUGGCAGCAGCUGCAGCAGCGGCAACGGGCAAGUCAGACAGAGGCAAUUUUCUGGAUGAUAAACAAUGGCUAACCACCAUAUCCCAGUACGACAAGGACGCCGGACACUGGAAUCGGUUCCGAGACGAAGUAGAGGAUGAUUACUUCCGCACUUGGAAUCCAGGAAGACCAUUUGAUCAAGCUCUGGAUCCAGCAAAAGAUCCAUGUUUAAAAAUGAAAUGCAAUCGGCAUAAAGUAUGCAUUGCCCAGAAUCAGGAAACUGCAGUGUGUGUCAGUCACAGAAGACUUACCCACAGCAUGAAAGAAGCUGGAUUAACGUAUAAGUACUGGAGAGGUGUUCCUCUUACGUCGAGUUGCAAGCAAUGUCCAGUUGCUUAUACAAAUCCUGUAUGUGGGUCUGAUGGACAUUCAUAUUUAUCUCAGUGUAAAUUAGAAUAUCAAGCCUGCAUCUUGGGUAAACAAAUAACAGUGAAAUGUGAGGGACACUGUCCAUGUUCUUCAAGCAAAUCAAGAAGUGUAAAUAAAAAUAAAAAAAGAGUUUGCACUGAUCAGGAGUUCAGGGAAAUAGCUAACCGACUAAGAGAAUGGUUUAAAGCACUUCAUGAAAGUGGAUUCCAGAAAAAGAAGACUAAAUCUACUUCAAGACCAGAAAGAAGCAGAUUUGAUACCAGCAUUCUACCAAUAUGCAGGGAUUCUCUUGGGUGGAUGUUUAAUAGACUUGAUAGAAAUUAUGACCUGCUACUGGAUCAGUCUGAGCUGGGAAGCAUUUAUAUUGACAAGAAUGAACAAUGUACCAAGGCUUUCUUCAAUACAUGUGACACAUACAAGGACAGCUUAAUAUCCAACAAUGAGUGGUGCUACUGCUUCCAGCGGCAGCAAGAUCCUCCUUGUCAAACUGAGCUCAGUAAUAUUCAGAAGCAGCAAGGAUUAAAGAAGCUUCUUGGACAUUACAUCCCAGCAUGUGAUGAGGAUGGCUAUUACAAAACAGCUCAGUGUCAUGCAAGCAUUGGUCAGUGCUGGUGCGUUGACAGAUAUGGAAAUGAAGUGACAGGAUCCAGAAAAGUUGGCUCAGUGGAAUGUGGCAGUGAUUCGGACACAUCAGGGGAUUUUGGAAGUGGAGACUUUCAUGACUGGUCUGAUGAUGAAGACGACGACGAAAUGAUGAAUGAUGAAGAUGAGAUUGAAGAUGAUGAUGAGGAUGAAGGAGGCGAUGAUGAUGAAGAUGAAGAUGGAUACAUUUGACAUAACAUAAUGCAAAAUAAUUCUAUUUUUCAUGUCUACAAAGAAAAAGACAUCCCCUAGGAAAUACCUUUUGCUCACAUCGCCACCAAGAAAAAAAGGAUUUGAAAAGAAAACUAAACAUGUAUAUUUUGUAUGAUCAUAUCAGUUAUUAAAGCUGGAGUCAUAGACUUAUGUUUCAGAGUCAUUUAUGUGCUUUUAAGCUUUUCUAUGCUUUUGGAAAGAAGAAAAAUGCAUUGGAAUUAUAACCUAAAGAAAAUAAAACAACCUGCGCAUCAGUUGAAGAAAAAAUAGUUCAACAAAGUGUAAAGGUAGUGGCCGUUGACUAGACGCCUGUGCGUUUCCUUACUGACAAAUGAGUACUAAAACAAAGUAAGAACUUAUGUUAGUGAAAAACUCUGACAAUGAAAAUUUUUCCUUAUUUUUGAUUACAUUUAUUUCCUCAGAUUAUGCAGAAAUGUGUUUGUUUAUUGUUUAGUGGGCUGUUAGAUUUGUUGUCUUAUUAUGUUAGCUUUUUCUUAUUAUUAUUUUAGAAGCAUUGUAUGAUUUUUGUUAUUAGCAGAGAAGCAUGAUGAUACGUAUAAUCUAGCCAACACAAUUCUUCUUUGAAAACUGUUUACUUGAGCAGAUAAUCAGCACCAGUCAUAUAAUCAAGAAUAUGCUACAAUAUGUACAAGUAUUGUCAUAUGCAGUUAGCCAUUAUUUUUCUGCUCCAUAUUUAAUAAAAGCCUUUCUUGCAUUUUUCCAUGACAUCCCUACUAAAUUGAAAUAAUGGUCCACAACAAGAGCAGUGGUUAAGAAAACACAGGUUAAUAUAACAUUUUAAACUUACUGUUCGGGUCCAAGCAGUUUGAGAUUGAGCUUUUGUAUUUCAUUUUGUUUUCUCAUUUUUAUAUGUUAUAAUUUUAGUUAUGCAAAUUAGCAAUGAUUGUAGUAGGUGUUUUAUUUCAGUAUUAGGACUAAAUCCUACACAAAUGCAAUGGCAAGUUGGGACCAGCUGGCAAAAGUUGCCUGCGUGUUUAAAACCAGAAGUAUUUUUCUUAUUACUAUUUUUUCUUUUUCAUUUUGUUAGUAUAUGUUAAUAUAGUGUUUUUUAUUAUAUUCAGUGGCACCAGAAUGUUACGAGUUGUAGUAAAAAAAAUAAAAUAAAAAAAAAUAAAAGCUUUAUUGGUUUAUGCCUGCACACUUUCAUACCUUUCAACCUAGAAGAAAAAAAAAGUAUUAAACCUAAUAUUUAUAAUUCAAAACAUAUUUGCUUAGUUAAUCUGAAGUAUGUACACCUAUUUUUAAACUUCACUAUUAAGUGGAAAUUAUAGUUAUGAAAUAUUUGACUCAUGCUUUUAAACUAAUGCAUAUUAACACCUACGCAAUUUUAUUAGAAAGCUGGCAAUAUCUGGGUAAGAAGGUACAUUAGGAAGGUAGCGUACCUUUCAAGUCAUUCAAAACUGUAAAGCAUUGUCUAUCUCUUAAAUGAAUCAUUCAUUAUUAGGCGUUAUUACUUCCUUGUGCAUUUAUACUGGUUAUGGAACACUUAUUUGCUUUCUAUAUUUUUUUUAUUUUUAACUUGAUACUUUAUAUAUUGAUAUAAUAUGAUAUGAUCCUCCCGUUUGGGUAUGUUUUAGCAUUUACACAUUCCAACAAAAAGACCAUUCUAUAUUUAUGCAUUGUCAUGACAAAUAAAAAUAACUUGAGCAUG